GAAGAAGCGAGGCAAAUAAGUUUGUAUUCAGAGGAAUCCUGGCAUAAUAUGUAGGAAGCACUUCAAAGAACUUCAAGAAAAUGACAAUUAUAGUUUUUCUUAUUGAUACAUCUGCAUCUAUGAACCAGCAAGCCUUCUCGGGUGGCCAUCCGACUUUACUCGAUGUUGCAAAGGGAGCAGUGGAGACCUUUGUCAAGAUUCGACAGAGGUCCCCGGAGAGCAAAGGCGAUCGCUACAUGCUGCUAACGUUCGAGGACCAUCCACAUCACAUCAAGGCCGGCUGGAAGGAGAACCUGCAGACCUUCACACAGGAGCUGAAGAACCUGCAGGCGUUCGGCAUGACCCACAUGGGGAUGGCCAUCAAGAACACGUUCGAUGUGCUCAACCUCAACCGGAUGCAGUCGGGUAUCGACAUGUACGGCCAGGGCCGGUGUCCGUUCUUUUUGGAGCCAUCCAUCAUCGUCUGUAUCACCGACGGCGGCCGGCUCACCGGACAAAACAACUCCGUCAUGGACGAGCUGAAGAUCCCGCGCGACGGCCGGAUACCGGGCACUGAGCUGACCCGGGACGUAUUCCGCUGGGACCAGCGGCUCUUCAGCCUGGUGCUGCGGCUGACGGGCACACCGCCCCACGAGCGGGACGGCACCGGACUGGUGGACAGCGACUCGAGCGGCAUCGGCAAACUGUGUGACGCCACUGGAGGUCGCUCGUACGCCAUUACCUCCCACCGAAUGCUGAUGCAGUGUGUCGAGUCGCUGGUGCAAAAGAUACAGAGCGGCGUGGUCAUCAACUUCGAGAAGAUGGGUCCCGAUCCGCCGCCGGUCGCUACCGAUCCUGGCGGACCGGACACGGACGGUGAAGGAGGCAAGGAGAACGUCAUCAACUUCAGCAGCGAGACCAACUCGUCGCGACCGGCCUCGCCGCAGCCGCUGUCCAGCCAGUCGUGGCACAGCUGUCGGAAGCUGAUCUACGUGCCGCGCUCGGCGCAGAAGGGCUUCCCGCUCGGCCACUGGCCGAUCCCGGAGGCGUUCUGGCCAGAGGUCAGCUCGCCUAGUCUGCCGUCGCGGUCGGCGCACCCGGUGGUGAAGUUCACCUGCACCAGUCGGGAACCGAUGGUGAUCGAGAACCUGCCGUUCGACAAGUACGAGCUGGAGCCGAGUCCGCUCACCCAGUUCAUCUUAUCCAGGAAACAGCCCUCCACCUGCUGGCAGGUGUACAUCGCCAACAGCUCCAAGGUAGGUGACGCCGGCCUGCCGUUCGGCUACCUCAAGGCCAGCACGACGCUGACGUGUGUCAACCUGUUCGUGAUGCCGUACAACUACCCGGUGCUGCUGCCGCUGCUGGACGACCUCUUCAAGGUGCACCGGCUCAAACCCACCAAGGAGUGGAAGGCGCGCUUCGAGAGCUACCUCAGGACCAUGCCGGCCUACUAUGCCCAGCCUCUACGUCAGGCACUGAAGCGGAUGGGAGCGCCGAAUCUAGUGCCCGACAACCUGGACAAUGGGCUGUCCGUCAACGUCAUCAACCACCUGAAGCGGCUCAAGAACCAGGCCAAGCUCGAGUACGACCGACUGUGUAACGAGGUGGCCGCCCGCCAGCCGGGCUCGGACCAGGCGGCUGUGAAGGUCACCAGCAGGAGGCCGCCGCCGCGAGAGGCUACCAGCAACCCGGCGCUCAAAGACAAGUUCGCCGGCCUGCUGGAGCAGAUGCGGGACAUGGCCGGCGUGACGCUGGCAGUGCGGGACGGCGACCUGCCCACGCAGAGCUAUCGAAAUCCGUUCGACAUCGGACGCAAACACCUGCUGGACCAGGUGGUGCGCAUGCGCGCCAACUUCAUGCAGACCAACGUGUCGCUCAUCAAAAUGCAGGACCAGGACCAGGUGCAUAACAUGGCCGUCAGUCAGAUGGGCAACUACCAGGACUACCUGAAGCGGCUGCCGGCGCCGCUGCGAGAGAUCGAGACGGUGCCCGUCCGGCAGCACAUGUUCGGCAACCCGUUCAAGAUUGACAAGCGUAUGAUGGUGGACGAAGCAGACAUCGACCUGCUGGACAAGUCCGGCGGCGUGCGGCCGGGUAAACGUUCGGGCGACUCCGGCGGUCCGCGCUCCAAGCAGCGGCGGCUGGGCGCGCCGCCGCGCCGGCCCGUCUCGCCUGUUAUGGUGAUACCCGAUAAGCCGGCGCCGGCGUCCCCGCCCAUCACCGUGACGCCGCCGAUCGGCGAGCUGCCGCCCGCGCCGCCCGGCAUGAUGUUCAUCAACGCCUCGCAGCCGCUGAUGGCCACCCCGCCGCCGGCCGAGCCCGUGGUCGUGUCACUGGGUUACGUGCCGCGCGGCGGCCGGCCGCCGGUGACGCCGCCACCGCCCACACCGCCGGUCGCCGCGCCCACGCCCGCGCCGCCGCCGGCAACAGCGGCGCAGCCUCAGCAGCCGCCGGCGGUGACGGUGCCGCCGCCGGCCGCGCCGCCCCCGCCCACGCCGCCGCCGCCGCCGCCGCUGACGCCACCGGUAGUGACGGUGGCGGCGGCGCCGCCCCUGGUGCUCCCGCCGACCCCGCCGCCGCCACAGCCGACCGUGGUCACACUGGAGGAACUCGAGGACGACACGGAGCUGUCGGACAUUCGGACGUCCUCGGAGCCGUCGCAAGUGAGCCUGUCGCCGCCGCCGUCACCGCGGACAAACUCCCACUCCCACUCCCACUCCUCGGCGGCGGGUGGCUGUCGGCCCUCCCCGCCCACCGUGAACGGCGGCCUGCCGCCCGGCCGGCCCGACCGGCUGCUCAACCGCCAGCUGCGCCAGAGCCUCUUCAAGGAGAUCCGGCGGCCCGGACGCAACUACGACGUGCUGUUCAGCCGUCUGGCGACCGUGCAGGGUGACAGUGCCACGCGGACGGACUUUGUGCGCGAAAUAAUCGCCGAGUCGCGCCGCCUCAAGCGGAAACACUUGGCCGAGCGGCUGGAGGCGUACCUGGACGGUAGUCGCGAGUGGCCGCUGCGGAACGGACAGCUCAAACAGAACGGGCCGCGGUGAGAGCGGGCGCGCGCGCGCGGGCCAGCGACGGGCGCCGCCCGUCCCUUCUGUGAUACACGGGUGCCGAGCGAGGCGCGCGGCGCCGGCGGCCGGGCUGACACCGCGGCGGGCAGCGGCGGGCCGCGCGCCCUCCGCAGGCCGGCCGGGCCGCCCCACCAUUUUCCCACCCUUGCCACGGUCGGGGGCAGUUUAUGCCACCAUAUUUGUACAAUAACCGGACUAUUUUCUUAGCCGUUUUGUUGUAUUUCUAGUGUUCUGUUCGUUUGUGUCACAGGUCCGUAGCGUGCACGUGCUCAUCGAUGACGCCUCUGUGUGUAUGUGUGGGUGUGUGCGCGUGCGCCGGUGAAACUGCGUGAGACUGCUAGUGUCCGUGGAUGAUUUGACAGUUGACCGAUUGGCUCCAACAUUGUUGAUGCAGUGUUUUUAUUAAAUAAAGUUACGGAUGCCAAAUGUC